AUGUGGGCCAAGACCCCCUACAGCCACGACUUUGCGGUUGGCAGCAACAGGCCGCGCAAGGUCAUCUCUGUCGAUGCGAUGGACGCCACAGCCGACUGGCCCACGCGCGUGGAGGAGCUGCGGUUCGACCCCCAGGACCCCUCCGACGUCACCUGGCACAGGUACCAAGACGCCGUGCGCGAGGUGAUCGUGUCGUGCCACCGCGACGUGCAGGUCAUGCUGCAGGAAAACAGGGACGCGCUCUGGGCAGGUAUCCGCGCGCUGGCGGAUGAGAAAGAGGUGCUGGGGAGCGAGUUGCGGGACGUGUUCGACGCCUACCCGCCGCGGCCCAUGUCGGAAGACGAGCGGGCGGCCUUCCUCGCGGGCGGCCCGACGGCGGGCCUGUCGGUGUUCACGGGCGGUCGGCGGGACGCGGCGUGGCCGUACGGGAUAGAGUGGCUCGGGGACGCCUACCCGAAGCCGCACUGGGUGAAGGUGCAGGAGGAGGAGCGGCGGGCGCAGGCGGCAGCAGCGGCGGCGGCGGCGGGGUCUGGCGGCGGCGGGUCUGGCGGCGGCGGCGGCGGCAGCGUGGAGGGGUGA